ACAUUCGUUGAUUGUGAGUGUGAGGUUUCCAGGCGGCGUGAGAAGCAUGUUGGACAUCAAUCUAUUCAGAGAAGAAAAGGGCCACAACCCUGAAAUCAUUCGCGAAUCUCAACGCCGUCGUUUUGCCAGCGUUGAACUCGUCGACGAGGUCAUCAAUCUCGACAAAGAAUGGCGAAAGCGUCAAUUCGAAUUGGAGAAUCUACGCAAAGAAUUUAACAAGAUCAAUAAGGAAGUCUCCAAACUCAAGCGUGCUGGUGAGGAUGCAGCUAAGUUGAUUAGUGAAUCAGAGGAGACCAAGAAAUCGAUAGCGGCGAAAGAGGUUGAAGUUAGGGAAACUCAGAAAAUAUUGAAUUCUAAAUUGGAAACAAUUGGAAACCUUGUCCAUGAUACCGUUCCAAUCAGUGACGAUGAGGCUAACAACGCUGUGGUUAGAUCGUGGGGAGAGAAAAGAGUGGAGCCUAAACUAAAGAAUCAUGUGGAUCUAGUUGAGCUUCUCGGGAUAGCAGAUACAAAGAAAGGAGCUGAUGUAGCUGGAGGUAGAGGUUUCUAUCUCAAAGGAGAUGGCGUUCGUCUUAAUCAAGCUCUAAUCAACUUUGGGCUUGAUUUUUUGGAGAAAAGGGAAUAUACUCUAUUGCAUACUCCUUUCUUCAUGAGAAAAGACAUAAUGUCAAAAUGUGCUCAAUUAGCCCAAUUUGAUGAGGAACUUUAUAAGGUAACUGGUGAAGGAGAUGACAAAUAUCUGAUUGCAACAGCAGAACAGCCACUUUGUGCGUAUCAUUUAGAUGAUUGGAUCCACCCUACCCAGCUACCACUAAGAUAUGCUGGAUAUUCGUCAUGCUUUCGUAAAGAAGCUGGAUCUCAUGGUCGAGAUACUCUAGGAAUAUUCCGAGUUCACCAAUUUGAGAAAGUGGAACAGUUUUGCCUCACUAGCCCAAAUGACAAUGAUUCAUGGGACAUGCACGAGGAAAUGCUAAAGAACUCUGAGGAAUUUUACAAAGCGCUAAACAUUCCAUAUCAAGUUGUUUCCAUUGUGUCUGGUGCUUUGAAUGAUGCUGCAGCAAAGAAGUAUGAUCUAGAAGCAUGGUUUCCAGCCUCUCAAGCAUACAGAGAGCUAGUGUCCUGUUCAAACUGUACAGAUUACCAAGCUAGAAGAUUAGAAAUUCGAUAUGGACAAAAGAAGAGCAAUGAGCAGAUGAAGCAAUAUGUUCACUUGUUGAACUCUACUCUCACAGCUACUGAGAGGACCAUUUGCUGCAUACUAGAGAACUACCAGAAAGAAGAUGGGGUAGAGAUACCAGAAGUCCUCAGGCCAUUCAUGGGUGGAAAGACUUUCCUGCCUUUCAAGAACCAACCAGCUAGUGAAGCCAAAGGGAAGAAAUCAAAGGCCUAAUUGCAUUUUUUUAAGUCAAAUGAUAUUUAUGAAAGUCUGUUCAGAGUUGUAGGUUAUGAUGACCCAUGCUAUUCUCCACUUUACCCUGUUUACAAUGCCCCCACCCUCACACUUUUAUGACUAAAUAGUAAAAUGAUACUGAGGAGCAUGCACGAUUUUGAUUUUUGGGGAAAGGACACACUUCGGCAUAUUCUGUAAUUCAUUAAUCUAAAAACUGUGUUUUUUUCACUGUUAUUUUAUUCAUUGCAAAAAGGUUAGCACUAUGGAUCACAUGUCCUACUUCUACUUGAAAGGCUAGAACUCAAAUCUGUGAUAUAAAAAUGUCGGAUUGCGUUUAUUUUCGUUGCUUUCCUACUAUAGUUGGGUUACUUAGAAUAGAUGUUAUUGUUUGGUUCGAUAUAAUCUGCCCCUUGUUGGGACGUUUAGGGGAUACUGGAAUAAUUUGCUUACUGUUGUCGAAUCCUAUGAAAUAUGAAUUGCCAAAGUUCAACUUGAGUGCAAAUAACAGUGGCAAGGAAAAUCUGGGUCAUGGGAUUAGAUUAGAAUUCUGAAGUCUGUAUUGGUUUGUCUUGCAGGGCAUUGAAACAUGUUCAAUUUAAUCGAGCUGCUCAUAUAUUAACCUCAAUUACAAAUUUCAUUGGAAAGAGGAAUGCGAUCUGGAAAAUAGGGACUAGAGUACUCAACCCACUAUUGUAGUUGGGAGGGACUGUGUGGGGUUUCACUGGCUGGUUCUUUACAGGGUCCCCUUAUAAGCUAUGGUGAUAGGUUUAACGCUGUUGACUGACUUGCAUGUUUUUUCAUCUGAAUUGUUCUACGGUCGAAACAAAUAUUUAAAUUUUUUUCUUUUGUUCAGAACCUCUUAUUGGCCCUUUUUUAUUCAUUUGUGCUGGCAAGGAUUUGCCGUAGCAAUUCAAGUUUUCUUGAUCAUAUUCAAC